AUGGCUAUCGCAAAAUUCUUCGCCCUGCUUGUGCAAAGCAUCAUCCAGUGCCCGCAGAUGGUGGGUGAUGAGCUGGAUGAGGCCACGUGCGAGCGCAUGGAGCAGCGUGCGGAGCAUCUGAGCCGGGAGAUGACUCGGCUGCUGCAGGAGCUGGAGCAGAGGAGCCUGAAGCAGAGCAUCAUGGAGCAGAGGACUCAGGAGCAGAGCGGCGUGACCUGGGGAGCCCUGCUCUUUGCUGCCUUGCAGCACUGGCAGUUCUGGGCCAUUGCUGGGGUCCUGGUCGUGCUGUUUGGGCUCUGCUGGUUGCUUGGGAAAAGAAGCCAUCAGUCAGCCAGCAGCAGCAAGGAGUGCAGGUCCAUAAACACAGAGUAUAAGGAGGGGAAGGAAGAAGAAAACCUCUCUGUUUCAUUGAAUGUGGGACGAUUUUUGAAAAAUCGCUUGCAGGAGAAUAUGCAGGAUCUGCCCUGCAGGUCCAUAUUCUUUAGGAACUUGGUGGACAAGCUUCUGUGUGCAUGCCAAACGCUGUCCAAGAAAGAUUUUGUGCCACAACUGCAGCCAACCAUCACGCUGAGCAGACACAUCAAAAUCUGGAGUCCUCAAAAGGAGGAUGCUGUCUUCCGCUUGCUGGUACCCCUGAAGCCCCCACAAGGACAUGCCUUCCACCUGGAGCUGAGCACUGCAGGGGAGCUACCAGUGAAGAACUCAUUCCUCCGCGUGGAGCUGAUCUGUACCUGCAUGAGGGAGCGGCUGGUGGGAGACAUGCUGUGCUUCCUCCACCACCCCGAGGAGGAGCUGAAGAAAUAUCAGGGUCCCAGCCUCCUACGCACCCUCUGCACCGGUUCCUACCUAGAUAUAGAGAAAACUGCCCGCUGGUUCCAAGAACUCCUGACAAAAGCCUGGGAGCUUCUGCUUGUGUCCUCUAAAUUCAGGCUAAGAGUGCUGCCCUGUAGCCGCUCCUGCACGCUCCUAAUCACAAAUGUCUUGGAGAGAUCCUUCCUGAUUGAGCUGAUAUUUGGAGUGCAGCAAGGCAACCUGGACAACUUCAUGAGCAUCGACUAG